GUUCAUCGGUCAAGAUUCAAGAUCUAAAGGUUGUUCCAAAAUGGCUGAAAUUAAUGAAGAGGCUCAUGUGGACUUGUCUAAUUCUGGAGGCAUGAAUGAGUCUGAGGAUCUGAAUGAUAUCUCAGAUAAUUCUGAUGGAGAUGAUGUGGUCAAUAAUGAUUCUUCCCAACAACAGUGCAAGCUAAUUCCUGAGUUGACUAUUGAUGAAAUUAGGGAGCUGGAGUUUUUGUCUGAGCAGGAUGCCGUUGAGUUUUACCAGCACUAUGCCCAGUUUAAAGGUUUUGGGGUUAGGAAGGAUGAUGUUCGGCGCGAUCGAAAAGGUAAUGUUGUUAGUCGCCAGCUUGUUUGUAAUAGGGAAGGUGAGAGACAUGAGAAGCAUUUGAAAUAGGUUAGUCGAGUGAAAGAGGCUAAGCCAAUGACCAGAGUAUCAUGCCAAGCUAAAUUUCGUGUACGUUUCGAGGCAAACUCCAGCAAGUGGAAGGUUGUUUAUUUUGAACCUGAGCACAAUCAUGAGUUGACACUGGCUAAGCAAGUUCAUUUAAUUCCGGCAUUCAGGGGAUUGACUAAUGGUGAUAAGGCUCAAGUUGACACACUAAAGCUCUAU